CCAAAGGAAAAACGCUGCAUAACUGACAUUUGACCGCGGAGGCGGGGGCGGGGAGACUGGGACUCUGAAUUCAGAAUCAUUUGGGGAUGGAUAAUGUAAAUGAAUGAUCUUGCUUUAAACCCGAUUGUUUACACAUGAUCUGCACUUCUGACGUACAGAAGAAACUAGUCUGAAUUCAAUCCAACAUAUACAUACAUUGCCUCAAAUCAGGAAAGGAAUUUAGAGAGAGAUAGAGACGGCCCAUCCCCGCCCCCAAUUGGGUUUAAUCUCUCGUAUCGGUCUCAGGGAUGGAAUCGCCGACUGAAUUUUGAUUUGAUUAACAGGGGAGGGGUUUGAUUUCAACGAAAAUAUGGGGGUUGUGUCGAGACGGGUGUUACCCAUUUGUGGUAACCUCUGUUUCUUUUGCCCAGGAUUGCGAGCAAGGUCUAGACAGCCCGUUAGACGUUACAAAAAACUUUUAUCUGAACUCUUUCCAAAGAAUCAGGAUGUUGAACCAAAUGAUAGAAAGAUUGGGAAGCUUUGUGAAUAUGCCUCAAAAAAUCCGCUACGAAUACCAAAGAUCACCGGCUACCUUGAGCAAAGAUUUUACAAGGAAUUGAGGAAUGCACGUUUUGGAUCUGUAAAGACUGCCCUUUAUGUCUAUAAGAAAUUGUUAUCUUCAUGUAAGGAGCAGAUGUUGCUCUUUGCUAAAAGUUUACUUGAAAUCAUUGGGACUCUACUAGAUCAAACCCAGCGAGUUGAAAUGCAAAUUUUAGGCUGCAGCACUCUUGUGGAUUUUAUAAAUAAUCAGAUUGACAGUACAUGCAUCUUCAACUUGGAGAGUCUCAUCCCUAAACUUUGUCAACUGGCUCAAGAACAUGGAAACGAUGAAAGAGCUUUGCAUCUCAGAUCAGCAAGUUUACAAGUGUUGGCUUCAAUGGUAUGGCUUAUGGGGGAGCAUUCUCAUCUUCCAAAUGAUUUUGAUAAGAUAAUAUCAGUGACUUUGGAGAAUUACAUGGACCCUUUAGUAGAUCAAGAAAAUGAGGACAAAGAUCUUAUGGAUCAGAAGGUUGAUUCGCUACCAAAUCCUAUCAACUCCAAAAUAGAACCUACAGUGGGUGCAUAUAAAUGUCCAUCUUACUGGUCAAAGGUUUGCUUACGAAAUAUGGCUCAAUUAGUGAAGGAGGUUACAACUGUGAGGCGGGUACUUGAACCUCUUUUUCAUGACUUUGAUGUUGAGAAAAGUUGGUUCUCAGAGAAAGGACUUGCACAUUCUGUUCUGACUUACAUGCAGAUGCAAUUGGAAGAAGCUGGUUUAAGCUCUCAUCUAUUGCUGUCACUCCUUGUCAAGCAUUUGGACCAUAAGGAUGUUGUCAAAGAGCCAGCUAUACAAAUAAACAUCUGUAAGAUCAUAAUACAUCUUGCGCAGAAGGCAAAACCAGAGGCUUCUAUUGCUAUUCUUGGUGCAAUCACAGACCUUAUAAAGAACUUACGAAAAUGCAUUCAAUCUAUUGCUGAAACAAAAAUGACAAGGGAUGGAUUAGAUGAAUGCAACAAUGAGCUUCAGUUAGCUUUGGAGAAUUGCAUUUUGGAGCUCUCAAAGAAGGUUGGAGACAUAGGUCCCAUUCUUGAAAUGAUGGCUGUGGUGCUUGAGAACAUCACAAGUAAUGCCAUUGUUGCUAGAACAACAGUUGCUGCAAUUUAUCGGACUGCACAAGUUAUUUCUUGCAUACCGAACAUAUCAUAUCACAAAAAGGCCUUUCCAGAUGCUUUAUUUCAUCAGUUGCUUGGGGCUAUGGCACAUCCUGAUCAUGAGACACGCAUAUGGGCACAUCAUGUUUUCUCAAUUGUACUAAUGCCAUCUCUUGCUCAAUGUUCAUCAAUCAAUGAUGAAGGGUCUCUCUCGCAGACGAUAAAAAAUAGAAGUCUCUCAAUUGGUGAAAACAAGGACAUAUCAACAUCAGCGGAGGGUGCCAUAAGAAUAGAAAGGAAUGAUCAAGUUCUUGAUGGGUAUAAUUGUUCCAUGAAGCAACACAGGCGCACUAUAUCACAAAGUUUCAAGCACUGCAUGAUCAAUGGAAAAACAAGAUUGGCAUCUCUCAGAUUGAGUAGUCACCAAGUUGGUGUCCUGCUUUCGUCAAUUUGGAUGCAGGCGACAUCGCCAGAAAAUAGCUCAGAAAACUUUGAGGCCCUGGCACACACUUUUGAUGUUGUCUUGCUGUUUACUCGAAAUAAGAACUCUAGUAAUCUAGCUCUAGUUCGGUGCUUCCAGUUAGCAAUGUCUUUAAGAGAUAUCUCUCUUGAUAAGGCAGGUGGUUUGCAACCAUGUCGGAGAAGGUCUCUUUUCACCAUGGCAUCAUUCAUGCUUAUGUCUGCAGCCAGAGCGGGAAAUCUUUCAGAACUAAUUCCUGUUAUUAAAUCAUCUUUGAAAGAUGAAAUGGUAGAUCCUUAUCUUAAGUUCGUUGACGAUGUGAGGCUACAGGCUGUGUCUAGCAGCAGAAUAGAAGGAUAUGGAUCACAGGCUGACGAAGUUGCAGCACUGAAGACUCUCUCAGUUAUAGAAUCAAGUGAUGAACAGCUGAAGGAAAUUAUUAAGUUUCACCUUGUCAACAAAUUUGCGAUAUCAUCAGAGGAUAAAAUAUCUGACAUGGGGAAGCAAGUUUUAGAAGCAUUCUCACCCGAUGAUGCAUAUCCAUUGGGGGCUCCAUUAUUCUUGGAGACGCCUGGACGAUGCUCUCCAUUAAAUUCACAACAAUUUGAUGAGGUCGAGUUGCCAGAAGCUUUAACAGAUGAAGAAGCAUUUUCUGAAGCCAUUGGAAGUGAAUCGGGAUGCAAAAUAUCGCUAUCCGAUAAUUCUAUGGACAUACUAAGUGUUAACCAGCUUUUAGAAUCGGUUCGAGAAACAGCAAAUCAAGUUGCAAGUUCGCCGUUACCAUCUCAUCCAAUUCCUUAUGACCAAAUGAAAAAUCAGUGUGAAGCACUGGUAACAAGCAAACAAUUAAAAAUAUCAGCUAUUCAAAGUUUUGGUGCACUAGAAAUUUCCAAGGCACUAGUUCCAUUCAGCAGCGAUCAAACGGAAAACCUGAGUCAAUCAAACAUGUGGCUGCAAAAAAUGGGGGUUGUAGAAAACGGUCCAGAAUUGAACAAUAUUGGGCAAGUUCAAGAACAGGGUAUGAUUGUUGCCAAUCCGGUUGAGCAUACUUUUAUGUUACCACCUUCAAGCCCCUACGACAAGUUCUUGAGAGCGGCUGGGUGUUGAUUUCUAGUGUUGGGAGUUUAUCAUUCAUACACACACAAUUACACGUUUGUGUUCUCCUUUUCCACCUCUUGUUGGUUAUUUCAUUGUUGGAGAAGAAUCUUGGCGAUUAACCAUAAAACACAUCUUCUUCGGUUUGGUUUAAUAAGUGAAAUGGAUCGGAAGCAAGAUAAAAAUAGGCGAAAGUGAGUGGGGAUUGAUUGCCAUUUCUCUUACUUGUAAAGCCACAGGACUACAGAUUUAUUUGAUGAUCGCAAAGUAUGUUCGUGUAUAUCCGUGUAUCUCGUUUUUUCUUCUUGGUUUGGAACGAUUGGCGUGACGUGGCGGGGUGUUCUUUCUCCAUUGUAAACAAUUCAUUCUUAUUAAUCACACAUGAAAUAAACCCCUGGUUACUGCAAUAAAUGUUGUGUUUAUGAGGGA